AUGGCGUCAGCGCGAGCCUCCUCCCCUCGUUCCUCCGCCAACAUCCCCCCCGGCCCUUCCCCGGGCUGCCGCGGGCCCGCCUCCUGGAUCUCCGCCAACCCCUCGCGCUCCCGCCGCGUGCAUACAGGAUCAACUUUCGGCAACAGCAGCAGCAGCACUGGCAGCAUUGAUUCCGCGUUUGGCGGUUCCCCCACCAGAAGCGGCAGCGGGUUCCCGCAGCCGCGCUCCCCCUCCGCAGUCGGACUCGCGCGGAGCGUCACUUCCCCCAGCAGCGGCCGCGCGUUCUUUGCGCUUAUCUUCGUCGCGGUUGCGCUUGUUAUGGUGUAUAUGGCGGCUCUCCCCACCGUAAAUAGCGGCGGCUGGGCCGCCGAUGGCGCCGCAAGGGCCGCCGUGAGACCCGGCGGGGUUGACGGGGACGCGCUUGGGGAGAUGGUACGGCGGGAGGAUCUAGAAUGGGGGGCCGCGGAAGGAGCGGAGGUUGGCGGGGGAGUAGGCGCAGCAAGCGGCGUAGAACCAGCCGCGGAAGGGCGCGGGGGAAGCAGCAGCAGGUGGGGGGUUUUCUCCUGGGGCGGAGGCGGGCAAAGCGCAGGCGCGGGGGCAGGGUCCGGGACGGGGGGCGAAGCCAGGAGCGCGGAGGCGGAAUGGGCGGCGCAGCAGGCGGCGUUCAAGCAAUCCGCGGAGAGGCUCGCCGCGGACAGCGCGUGGGACGGCGGCGAAUGGUCGAGCUCCGCGUCCGCGCGCGCCUCGCAGUUCCGCUCCGCCGCCGCCGCGGGCGCCGCGCUAGACGCGUCCCUCCAACGCCCGCUCUCCCUCACCUUCUUCUCCGCCCCAAAACCCCAACCCGAAGAGCUCACCCCAGGCAGCCUACAGCAGCAAGCGAUUCUCUCCUGGCUCAGGCUAGAAUCCCCCACAGUGGCAGUCAGCGUGGUACUAUUUGGUGACCCGUCUGACGCGGUUCUGACGUCGUUUGCGGCGCAGUUCCCCGAGGGGCGCGUGUGGGUGGAGCAGGUGGAUGGGAACUUCAUGGGCACGCCCAUGUUCCAAUCCAUGGUGGCUCGAGGGUUAGUCGAGGGCCCCGGUUUGGGUCGACGGUUUGACGAUGGGCGUGGGGCCGGAGCGAGGGGGGGAGGGCGUGCGGGAAGGGGGGAGAGCGGCAUGGGCGCGGGAGGGGGAGGAGGGGAUGGCGGGGUGAUGAGUGUAUCGGUUCUGAUCAAUGCGGAUAUUAUUCUUCUUAAGGAUUUUCCCCUGGCUCUGCGCAAGGCAGCAGCACGCUUCCCGUACUUCCUCCUCACUGCCAUGCGCUGGGACGUCUCCUCCAACCCCUUCACCUUCCACAAGCCCUCCUCCGCUUCCUCCUCCUCCGUUUCCACGUCUAGGACGGAAGACGGGGCGGAGGAGGGGGAGCGCGGGGAGCGAGGGGCGGAGGACGAGGAUGGGGGGGAUGCGGGGUGGGUUCCGACGCUGACGCGGGCGGACGGGCGGAAGGUCAGUGAUGCGGAGGUGGUGGCGUGGGCGAGGGAGGAGGGCGUGUUGCACACGUAUGGCGGGCUGGACCUGUGGGCGUGGAACAACCCUCCCCUGCAGAUCGGGCUCACCUCCAAGCCCAUCCCGCCCUUCACCUUCGGCCGCGGCAGGUACGACAACUGGCUGCUGAGCGAGGCAGUGUCAUCAGGGGUGCGGCCGGUGAUAGACGCCAGUGAUGCACUCACAUCCAUCCACGUCAACCACUCCUACCACCACAUGCAGCGCGGGGACCAGAGCCUUGUUCCAGAGAAGGCGGGCAACUUCUGGUCACUGAACAAGCGCAGCAGCUGGGAGGUGUUCGCCAACAUCCACCUGUCGCAUGUGCACGGCUCGUGGUCCUCCCAGGAGGGCAUGGCGUGGCACGCGCCCUGGAAGCUCAUGCGCUGCGAUGAGCCCGCCUCCGCUCACCUCUGCCUGCUCCGCCGGGUCAAGCCGGGGUCGUGCCGCUGCGAGAGCUCUCCGUUUGUGCACCGCACACAGAGCGAGCCGAAGCUGCAGGGGCGGAAUAUCAUCUGUGGGGUGUAUAACACGGAAGGGAAGCCGGAUUUGCCGGUGAUGAUGCCGCUGAAUACUGCUGCGCCGGUCGUGGGGCUGCCGCAUUUGCUGGAGCAGCUGCUGCCGCAGGUAGCUGAUUCAAGCGGCACGGUCACCAUGCUGGCAGCCACUUUUGACUCCAAGGAGGUCGUUGCCGACUUCGUCUGCCGUGCCGCUCGCCUCUCCACGCGCAACAUCGUUGUCGCUGCUCUCGACGCCGCGGCCUACCGCUACCUCUUCCUGCAGGGCAUUGCCGUGUAUUACCAGGGGACGAAUUUAGAUGGGUACUUUCUCCCUCCAGAGCAGACGGACAGUGGGAAGGGCACCGGUGGGGUAGGGAGUGGGGGAGGCAUGUGGAAGGUGCUUCUGGGGAGGGUGGGCGCGGGGAAGGGGGCGGCAGGGGCGGCCGGGGCGGCGGGGGGAGGUGCGGGGGCGGCGCAGGGGGAGCGUGUGGUGGAGGGGACGAGGGAGUGCUUCCAUGGAUCGCCGUGCUUCUCACGGUUCCUGCUGGCGAAGGUGACAGCAAUAGCAUCAGCGCUGCACCUGGGAUUCAACGUCCUGUGGCUCGACACUGUCUUUGUGGGCUGGCUCGCCAGCCCCUACCCCUACCUGCACGCCCUCCCUGCCAACCACAGCCUGCUCUUCAACCCCCCUCCCCCUCCACCGCCCUCGUUCCCCUCCUCCUCGUCAUCCCUCCCCCGCCGCCACUUGCUCACCACCACCGCUGUCACUGCUGGCUCAGGCAUGACCGGAGCAGCGGCUUCUGCCAGACCAGGCAAGGCUCGGGCAGCGCUAGGCUCGGCAGACUGGCACGGGCGACCCGGUGGGAUCGUGUUUGCGCGCGCUCUCCCCCUCGUGCUAGAGCUGUUUGAAGACAUGGUGGCUCUCCUCUCCCCCCCACCCUCCUCCUCUUCCUCUUCCUCCUCUGCACCACCCACCUCCCCUGCGUCUCACUCCUUUGCUGAGCUCCUCUGUGGGCCUGCUGCUGACUCGUGGACCCCCAACGAUGCUGCUGCUGCUGCUGCUGCUGCUGGCGGUGGUCCUUCCUCCUCCCCGUCUUUUGUGUGCAAGCGAAACGCGGGAGCUCAGCCAAUCUCCGUUGGUUUUUUCGACCCCUCGGGAUUCCUGCAGCCGUCCCCUGCCUGCUCCCCUCCUCCUGCUGCUGCUGCUGCUGCUACCACUGAUGGUGACACCGAAUCCCCUGGAGCAACAGCAGCAGCAGCAGUUGGUGGGAUGCCCGAUAACAUUCCCCAAGGCACAUGGAUAGUCCCUCUAGUGUGUCCCGAGCAGCAGCCGACGCCGCAGCAGCAGCAGCAGCAAAAAUUAGGGGAGGGAGGAAGCGGUGCUGUGACGAUGGCGGCGAUUAAAGCGCGCAUAGACGCCCUUCGACUGACCUCCUACGACCCGCGGUCACGAGUGUGUGCGCGGGCCUGGACGGGGCCCUUCUUGCAAGCCAUGGCUACGGGGAAGAACCUAGGGAAGAAGAAAAAGGCCAAGAUGAGGAUACCCUUCAAAUUCCCCCACCCCUUCCCUUUUCCCCAAUCCAGUAACAUGCUGCUGCGCGCAGUUCUUUCCGCCACCGCCAUCCUCCCCGCGUGUACCCGCUCCCGCAGCGCCAUCGCAGCCUCGUCGAUCCAGUCCCCGUCCUUCCCCGUCGUUUCCGCUCCCGCGCUCGGACCUCGUUCCACUGUCCCGUCGUGGAUUUUUUUUGCUCUUUCGACCGAAGCUUGUUCCGCUAUCCCGACGUGGACCGCGACAGCGGGGACUCGAGCCAUGGCGAGCAAAGCCAAGAAGAAGAAGCAACCAGCAGGGGGCGACGGCGGGGGAGGGAGUGGCGGAGGGAAGUCGGCGACGGAGGGGACUGGCGGAGUUGAAGCGGCGCUUCCGGGGUUUCUGCGCGUGACGGCGAGCGGUGCUGUGUCCGUUGCGAUUCACGCCAAGCCAGGGUCGAAACAGGCUGCUGUGAUGAGUCUAACCGGAGACGCAGUGGGGGUGGCGAUUGAUGCUCCUGCACGGGAGGGCGAGGCAAAUGCGGCUCUACUAGAGUUCAUGGCUGAUGUGCUGGGAGUACGCAAGAGGCAAGUAAGUCUGCAAAUAGGUUCAAAGUCCCGAGGGAAGGUAGUGGUUGUGGAGGGUGUAUCUUCUCAAGAGGUGCUAUUUGCCCUGCAAAAAGCAGUGAAAACCAGUACGUGA